CAUUCUCCUCCCUUUCCCCUCUGCACAAGUGGCCAACGAUUUAUCUAUUACAUAACUCAGCACUUCUGCUUUCAAUAUACAUCUUGUGUGUUAUUGGGAAAAAAACUGAAAAAGAAAGCAAUCGGAUUCCCGUUUGUCCCUUUCUCACAGCUCGCGUAAUUAGUCAGAGGAGUACAACUAAAUGAAGUAGUACAGGAUCUUAUAAAUCAAUUCCAUGACAUCAGUGGCUGGCUGGGUGCCUAUAAAAGCCUGUGCACGGCAACCGAACGCCUCUCAGUCAUUCAGCAAUCAGCAUAAAUUGCGAGCAGCAUCAGGCCAGGUCCAGGAGAGAUCGAAAAGCGAGAAACAGAGACCUGGAUUGUUCGGGAUGGCACCUGCCACGGCGACGACAAUGACAAAGAUGAUGCCGGAGGCAGCGGCGGUGGCGGCGACGAGGAAAGGGCCAUGGACGGAGCAUGAGGACCUCCAACUGGUAUGGUUUGUGCGCUUGUUCGGUGAACGUCGUUGGGAUUUCUUAGCCGAGGUGUCAGGUCUUAACAGGACGGGCAAGAGUUGCAGGUUGCGCUGGGUCAAUUAUCUUCAUCCCGGCCUCAAACGCGGCCGCAUGACCCCCCAAGAAGAACGCCUUGUUCUUGAACUCCAUGAUAAGUGGGGCAAUAGGUGGUCUCGCAUUGCUCGGAAGCUUCCCGGGCGUACCGACAACGAGAUCAAGAACUACUGGAGGACUCUGAUGAGAAAGAAGGCACAGGGGAGGAGUGGCAGUGUCGUCUCUUCGCCGCCGUCAUCUCCCUCGUCCGCUUCAAGUAAUGUCUCCUCGUCUAUCGAUGGAUCCCAACUGGAUCUCACAGCGACGAAGUAUGCAACUGGUAGCAAUAUUCCAACGGGGAACUCCUUGGAUCUCUCAGAGGUCAAAGGGUACACAAUGGAUCAGAUAUGGAAUGAGAUUGCUGCAUCGGAAUCAGUUGGCGACUUGAUUUUCGAAGACUACAAGGAUGGUUCAGCUUGCAUCAUGGGUGGCCCUAUGGCUUCUCCGCUGUGGGAAGAUUGUGAGUCACUGUGGAGAACACACACUGAAGACGUGAGGAUGAUGACCUCCAUGUCUGACCUCGUCGACUCCAAUUGCAAACAGAGUAAAGAUUCCUUGGAACCCUGAACUUAACUAUAGCUAUCUCUCUUUAGUUCCCUUAAUUAGUCCGAGACGUUUCCUAGGGAGGCCUCUAAUAGGAUAGGCCAAGAUCUCUGCAAAUUUUAGCUAAUUGAUACUGUUAAUCCAUGCUAUGUACUGUAGCUCUGCAAAGUUUAGCUAAUCAUCUGUUAAUCCAUGCUAUGGGUUGUAAAAUGGAACUACGUUCAGAAAUGUUGCAAGUAAUUCUAUGCUGUCGAUAUUCUUCACACAAACGUAGAAGAACAGUAAAUAUGUUGUAGCAAAAGUAUGUUCAAUAGUGAA